CACCCUACAUCACUAUAACUUCGGCCAGCUGGUUUACCAUGUUUAAAGUGCGGACAACAGAGGAGGCUGUUUGUGGCCCUGGAUGAUACGAGCGGUGCGCAAUUCGAAGAUCGGAAGCCACCAAGCACCGCGCUGUCCCGUUCCCGUCAACCCAACAUCGGCCUUCAAUCGUGGCACCACCUGCUACUCAGCCCUCAAAAUGAUGCUCCAAUCACUAUCAUUCCUUCCUCUGGCCGUCAGCGCACUGGCUGCCGUUACGUCACCUCAGAUAUCCGUCGAGCCGUCCGUUCUAGAGCCAUCCACCUCUAAAGACCUUCUACAUCUCCACCGCAAACUCGUAGAAAUAGAAUCUAUUAGCGAGAACGAAAAGAGUGUUGGCGAUUGGCUCACCGAUUACCUCCGCGCACACGAUUGGACUGUCGAGAAGCAGGAAGUAUCCAAAGACCGAUACAACCUCUUAGCCUACGGCAGCAAGCGCGAAACCACGAUCGUACUAUCUUCGCAUAUUGACACCGUGCCACCGUACUGGCCGUACUACUACAAUGAGACGACCGACAUCAUCGGCGGCAGAGGCAGCGUGGAUGCGAAAGGCAGUGUCGCACCCAUGAUCAUCGCGGCACAAGGCAUAAAAGGUCAUCUACAAGAUGAUAUAUCACUACUCUUUGUGGUCGGCGAAGAAACAGGCGGCGACGGCAUGCGCGCCUUCAGCGACUGGGACAAGCGCCCAUCGUCACACGAGAUCGUCAUCUUCGGAGAGCCCACGGAAGCGAAACUCGUCUGUGGACAUAAGGGCAUGCUGGGCUUCUCGGUGAAAGCCACGGGCAAGGCGGCACAUUCAGGAUACCCGUGGUUGGGCGUCAGCGCAAAUGACAUCAUGGUGGAGGCACUGGGCGAGCUCCUCAAGCUGAGGGAGCACCUGCCUUGGAGCACGAAAUACGGCAACACGACUAUGAACUUUGGACGCGUACAGGGCGGUGUUGCAGCCAACGUCGUCGCCGAAACCGCGACCGCAAACAUCGCGACGCGCCUCGCCGCCGGAACCCCCGAUCUCGUUCGCGGACAAAUCAUCGACGCGCUCAAGGACGUCAAGGCCGCCGCGCAGAAGGAAGGCGGAGAUCUGGAAGUACAAUGGGGAAGCGAGGGAUACGGAGUUGUGGACAUAAACUGUGAUAUUGAGGGCUUUGAGACAACGACCGUCAACUACGGGACGGAUGUGCCAUGGCUCUCUGGUGACCACAAGAGGUACCUGUACGGUCCAGGCUCUAUCUUCGUCGCGCAUUCAGAUCACGAGGCGUUGAAGAGGAAGGAGCUCGAGCAGGCUGUUCUAGACUACCGUCGCCUUAUUAUCAAGGCGACAGAGGUCAGGGAGAAGGAGCGACAAUUGCAGAGCGACGACCAGAUCGAACUAUAAGGUGAUCUAUACAUAUGCAUUGAAUAUAGCCAAAUACCCAAGCGCAACCAUUCUUUUCCUUCAUUUCGAGUAUCACUAUCUGCUGUACCCCCACAUUUAGUCUACCAGGAGAAGAGUCUCGCUCAAUACAGGCAGGUCUGAAAGCAGGUGCUCAAUGCCCCUUCCCAAAUUCCACCUCUGACUUUUGACGGCCGAGGAGUGAACUGGAUAGAUGGCAUGACAUUUGUUCUUGCGCGUUAUCCCCAUAUUUGAGGGUCAGAGCGAACCAGCAAUGGGAGAGAAUGCGUGGUCCGUCUGGGAUCUGUUCGUUGCGCUGGUGAAGAAUGUGUGACAGAGGGAGCUGUGAGAUGCCUUGUUCCACGCACGGUUCGGGGGGAGGUAGGCCCGGUGAAAAUAAGA